UCCCGCCCGCCCCCCUCGUUGUCUCGACUUCCGCGUCGAUUGCACAGCCAAACGCGCUCGGCAGAGUCGUGCCUCACCCUCGCAGCCGGUCGCGCCCCGCCUCCCUCUCUUGGCGCACCCUUGGUUAGUCCGUUUUCUUUCGGGCUUCUCGUUCGUGCCAAAGAAUAAGUGGGGCCUUUGCUUUGGACGCACGGGUCCCAAAAAGAUGAAGGACGACACCAUGCCCAGCAAGAAGGACUCCAACUCGCUGGUGAAGGAAAAGCCCACCGCCACGGCCACCAGGAGUGGCGCCAAAAGUCAGCAGGAUCGGUCAACUCCGCGCAAGCAGUCUAGCAAGCAGCACCACCCCCCGACUCCGGCCGUGCGGACAACCCGGCCCCCUCAGGUGCUGGAUAGCCCGGACUCUGGCUCGCCGCCGUCCCAGCACCCGAACCAGAAGGAGUUGGACCGCAAGCUCCGGCAUCGUGAAGUGUGUCGUCGCUCACGCAAGAAGCAGGCCGCUGUGUACACCGCACUGGCCGAUUCCAAUGCCGACUUGCGCGGUGAAUGCGAUGACCUGGUGGAACAGCUCCAGGAGGAGUUUGCCGCCAUCCAGGACCUUGAGCACCAAGCCUCAUUGGCCGGCAUGCCGAUUGAAACGCUGAUCGGCAACAUGCAGGGGCUGGCUUCCUCCAUUGGUGGCAUGGCAUUGUCUGCUUCCGUCAUCGACGGCGAGGGUGUCUUCUCUGUCCCCCAGCUCCUGCCUUCUCAGCCGCUCCAGCAGUCCGCGGCAUCUGACACGGGAAUUGUCAGCCCGCGGAACUCGACGUCCGAGGAAAACCUGAUCGCCGCGGCCACGGUGCUGGCACACGGCGACCGCCGUGGAUCACGCUCUCCGCGUGCUCAGCCCUUGGCGGCGCCCCCCAAGCAGAAGCCCAAGCCCAAGCAGACAGCUCCUCCUUCAUCCAAGACGACAACCAAGAAGGAGCCCGUCAAGCACCAGCCGCACGAGGCGCCACUGCCACCGCCGACACGGCAGCAGCAGCAGCAGCAGCAGCCGUACCAGCAGCAGAAGCAGCAAAUGGCACCACAGCGCCAGCGGCAGACAAGUCCGAAGCAACGUCCAGCCCCGAGACUUGCUCCGACCCCGGUGAGUGCUGGUCGGUCUCCAGCUGUCGCUUCACCGACUGCCACGCCGAUGCGCACCCCUGCGGCCACCCGCUCCCACCCAGCACCUCAGCCAAUCGCUGCGGCGCACAUGUUUGCCGGCAACUUUGAUUUGCCUGACCAGCAACAGCGGCAGAUGCAAUCACAGCCGGCACACUCCCACCACCACCACCACCAGCAGCAGCACCAGCACCAGCACCAGCAGCAGCAGCAGCAGCAGCAGCAGCAGCAGCAGCAACAUCGCCAACAGCAGCAGCCGCACCAGCACCAGCACCAGCAGCAGCACCAGCAACAGCACCAGCAGCAACACGCGGCAUUGGAGCAGGCCCAUCGGCAGCGCAUGCACGAGCACCAACAGGCCCAGGCAUACCAACACUUCUAUGCUCAACAGCAGCAGCUGAUGCAAAUGCAGGCAGUGCAGGCGGCGCAGGCAGCGCAGCUCAGCACCGGGGGCCUUCCCGCGGCUGAGCAGCCCUAUCACCUGCCGCAGCAGCAUCCCCUGCCGCCAACUGAUGCCCAGUCGCAUUUUUACCAUGUGGUUCCGAUGAUUGCACCCUCCCCUGCGGGCGCCAAUGGCAGCACCAGCGCCAGCUCAACUCCUCCCAUCCCUCUCGACAGCAGCAGCCAUCGACUGACCGCCGGCAGCCCCCUCCCCGGCGGUCGGUCCUCGGGGGAUUCGACCGUUGAGCCAAAGCUGGAUGCCGCUCAUCUGACCCACAUUCUUCUCUCUGCAGGGCUCCUUCGCCCACCAGCUGGCGGGACUGCCGCGAAUGCCGACCAUGGCGUGGCUUCUCCCCGGACGGCCUCCACUGGUCUCUCCCCGGAGCUGGCUGCCCUUCGUUUGCUGAUGAGCGCGCACCCGGAUCUGGCGGCGCUAGUGACCACCACUGUGGCUGAUGCGGCGGCAGCUCGGCCGGGGGCCCUCGUCAACGGUAGCGAGCCUCCUCCACCCACCCGCGUCACCACAUCGGGCUCCACUGUCGGGGUGUCGUGA